AUGAUCGACGGUGAGACGCCCAUCCAGGAUUGCUUGCGGCAUCGCAUGUCGAGCCUGUCAAUACAUACUGGAGGCAGGCACUAUCAGGAUUGUAUCGAUCGAUAUAAUCAUGCGCUGGACGCGCAACCGCUAGUUUGCACGCGGCCAAGGACAGAACAAGAGGUCUCCCAGCUAGUUCAAUUCUGCACAGAUGAAUCGAUUCCCUUUGCUGUUCGCUCAGGUGGUCAUGACUUCUUCGGUCGCUCCGUGGUUCACGAUGGCAUUCUCAUCGACAUGCGCGCGAUGGACUCAGUCAUAGUCGAGCCGGACCGAGCCAGCGUGCGCGUUGGUGGCGGGGUGAUUGCUGGCCAUCUGCAGGAAGCACUCGAUUCCCAUGGGUUAUUCACCCCAACUGGACAGGCAAAAUCUGUGGGCUAUGUAUCGUGGGCCUGUGGUGGAGGGUAUGGCUUCUACGUUGGAACGUACGGGUUUGGGGUUGAUCAGAUCCUUGCGGCUCGGGUUGUUUUGGCCGGGGGGAAGGUUGUCGAUACCGACGAAGAUCCCGAAUUGCUGUGGGCACUCCGCGGCGCCGGGGCCGGCACAUUUGGCAUCAUCACGGAGCUUCGCGUGAAGGUGUACCCAGUACCUAAACUAUAUGCCGGCUUUCUAGCCUUCCCCCUGGCCAAGGCCGCAUCUGUCAUGGACAGGAUCGAAAAGCUCUUACAGGAUGACUUUCCCGAUGAAUUUAGUGGAGAUGCUGUUGCCGUGAAUCCCGAAAUGUCACCGACGCCGGUAGUCGAGCCUUGUUUCAUUUUUCUUUGGUGUUGGACUUCGGUCAGCGGAGACCUUGCGCCUGCGAAAAGCUUUCUUGAGCAGAUGAUGCAGGCUGGCAGGGUACUGGGAAACACAGUCACGGAGACUACACCAGCAGCUUACGGCUUGGGUGAUUCAUCAUCAGGAACCUUCCUCCGCAGUCGAAAUGUUGACGGUAUACAUCAAAACGUUGGCUCUAUUCUCGAACGGUGCCCUCCACCACUUCCGCUGUCUGCUGUCAUCUUUCAUAAUAACCAUGGCAAGGGCGUUCGACAUGGAGUCGCAGAUAAUGUCGGAGCGGCGUUUCCGAAUCGGCACCAGCAUGUCAUUCUCGGGCUCCAUGGUGGAACUAGACCAGGCCAGGCUGAUACAAAAGAGCUUGCAGAUGCAGCCAAAUGGGUCACAGAGUUCCAGGAGGCAAUUGAUCAGAACGGUCUCUCCUUGGAAGGAGGGUUCCCUGCAUUUUGGCCCCCUGACCAGGUGGAUGUAGAACGAUUCUUUGGGGGACAGGGAGCCGCAAGACUGCAACGAUUGAAAGCACGGCUGGACCCGAAUGAUCUAUUUCGCCAUGCGAUGCCCGUGUCCAAUGCCACCAUUGAAUGCAAGGAACAAUACAGAGGGCUAACGACCAGCCGACCGUAUAUGUCUUUCCCCAGCUUUCGUUUCAAGCAAGUGACAGUUCGCUCGUCCUCACAAGCGAGCACGCAGCAGGAGCACGAACCCCUAGCGGGUCCACGACGGAACAAAAGCAAAUUAGGCUGUCGAGAAUGCAAGGCAAAGCGCGUCAAAUGUGACGAGGCCUAUCCGACAUGCAAGCGGUGCCAGCGUCAAGGUCUUGUCUGUUCGUCAGCCCCACGAUCAUCACAGUGGCAAGUUGAGACGCCGUGGCUCUCACUGCAACCUAACACACUCGUUAAUCGAAGACUACUGCAAUAUUGGCUGGAGAAAGUCAGCCAAACAUUGGUCAUAGAUCCUGGAAAUAACCCAUUUUCAAAUCUAACUUUGGAAAACAUUGCCCAAUCACCCGCACUCCUCCAUGCUAUCCAAUCGUUCAGUGCCAACCACGAGCAGUAUUACUCGGCCAACGCCCCCAUUAUCGCCCUCGAGGAGCAUGGCAAAGCCAUAGCCUGCCUUCGAAGAGAGAUCAAUCAAAGUCAAAAUACGCCUAGCGCACACUUCUUGACUAUCAUGUUACUGGCUCUGGCGCAAGGUGCUGAUGCUGACGCGACAGAUUAUGGCAAGCAGCAUUUAUUUGGUGCCCGUGCUUUAAUCAACAGAAAUGUCGGACGGUACUGCCGACAGACCCUUGACUCGCCACAAAACCGCGACCUCUUGCAAGAAGCUAUCUUGGAGGCCCAACUUACUACCUGGAAGACAAGCCCCCCAAAUCCCGGACUGGGCCACUUAUAUGAAGCAUUCCGCAACCACGGGCUCAUCUUCCUCUAUCGAGCCCGUGCGCAUGCACAAAGUAGUUGUCUCGCAGAUCCAGAUUCGUCUCAAGCGCAAGAAUCUUUGAUUCAACAAUACGCCGAAGAAGCAGUCCGCCAUCUGAUGCAAAUCCCUGCAACCUCAAACUACCUUAAUUUCCAAUCUCUCCCUCUUGUCACAGCUGGCUCUGAAUUGACGGAAUCGAAUCACUUUCUGCGCGAUCAAGUGCGUCACAGGCUUCGAGCCAUCUACUCAUUGAAUCGCCUUCCUGCAAGUCUACUGGCCCUUCAAUGUCUUGAAGAAAUAUGGGAUGCCCGAGACAGCGGGAACCCAUCUUUCUGGCUACUGCACAUGCUUCAGAACGAUCGGCGGUUACUUCUAGGAUGA